AUGACCAACAAUCACAUCGGUUCAGAAAACAUCAUCACCACUUCAAAUCCAUCACAGUAUCAUAUUGGUACUCAAUUAAUUCAUACUGCUUCAUCACCAGAUCAAAGUACAGGAGCAGUGAUCCCAUCCAUCUCAUUAUCAACCACUUAUCAACAAGAUUCAAUUGGAGUUCAUAAAGGAUUCGAAUACACAAGAUCAUUAAAUCCAAAUCGAUUAGCUUUAGAAACCUUAGUUUCAUCUCUAGAAGGAGUCAAUGAACUUAUUCCAAUCGAACCUAAUGGAUUACCAUUACCAUUGGGAUUAGCUACUUCUUCUGGUUCAGCUGCUACAGCUACUGUGAUUCAAGGAUUAGUACCGAGUGGAGGUCAUGUGAUCGCGAUGUCUGAUGUCUAUGGUGGUACUCAUCGUUAUUUAACUAAAGUAGCCACUCAAUUCAAUGUAGAAACUAGUUUUUUAGAUUUAUCUUCGACUCAUGAACUUCAUUCCAUCGAAUCAGUUUGUCAACAAAUCCAAAAAACCAUACGAAAAGAUGGAAGCACCAAACUGAUUUGGAUCGAAAGUCCAAGUAAUCCGACUCUAAGAUUAUCACCUAUCCAAUCGAUUUCUAAACUAGCUAAACAAAAUAACAUAAUCUUAGUUGUCGAUAAUACUUUCUUAAGUCCGAUUUAUCAACAACCGAUUUUAUUAGGAUCAGAUUUAGUGAUUCAUUCAGCUACUAAAUAUUUAAAUGGUCAUUCAGACGUUUUAUUAGGUAUCAUCAUUGGAUCUAAUCGAAAAUUAAUCAAUCAACUUCGAUUCUUACAAAACGCUCAUGGUGCUGUUCCUUCCCCAUUCGAUUGUUGGUUAGCUCAAAGAGGUUUAAAAACCUUAGAAAUCAGAAUGUUAAGACAUGGUGAAAAUGCACUAAAGUUAUCGAAAUGGUUAAAGACUGUAGCAUUAGAGAAAUUAGGUUGGAUUUCUAAACUCUCUUAUCCUGGUUUAGAAAGCUUCGUCAAAGAAGGAUAUUCUAUCCAACAAGGAUUUCCAUAUGGAGGCAUGAUUAGUUUUUCCAUGGCAUCAGAUCGAUCAGAAAUCUUUUUGAAAAAUUGUGAUUUGUUUACUUUAGCCGAAAGUUUAGGAGGAGUAGAAUCUUUGGUAGAAGUACCGGCUAAGAUGACUCAUGCUGGUAUUCCGAUUGAACAUCGUCAAAGAUUAGGUAUUGAUGAUGGUUUGAUUAGACUUAGUGUUGGGAUUGAAGAUUGUCGUGAUUUGAUUAAAGAUGUCAAACAGGCUUUAGGUAGAGCUGUUUUAGGUGAAACUGGUUGGAAUGAAUGGAAAUUAAAAAAUUCAAAUCAAUAG